UUUUAGCAGGACGCCAUUUUGCUCCUGGAAACGGAGGGAGACCCGCAGAGGUUGUGGUGAUAAAUCACCUGUACUCACUCUCAGACACAAUGGCGAGUCCAGGAAAAGACAGCUACAGGAUGAAGAGCUACAAGAACAAAGCACUGAAUCCUCAGGAGAUGCGUCGAAGAAGAGAGGAAGAAGGAAUCCAGCUGCGUAAACAGAAAAGAGAGGAACAGCUGUUCAAGAGGAGAAAUGUAUGUGCACCUUCAAAUGAUGAAUCAAUGCUGGAUUGUCCAAUCCAGGAUCCAGACAUCAGCUCCACAGUACCUGUUGCAGGUGAUGGAGUUAUAACUCCUGAUAUGAUUCAGAUGAUCUUCUCUGAAGACCCAGACCAGCAGCUAAUUGCUACACAGAAAUUCAGGAAAUUACUUUCCAAAGAGCCGAACCCGCCCAUAGACGAGGUCAUUUCCACCCCUGGUGUCGUGAAUCGUUUUGUGGAAUUCCUGAAGAGGAGUGAAAACUGCACAUUGCAGUUUGAGGCAGCCUGGGCUCUGACCAACAUCGCCUCCGGAACCUUCCAGCACACCAAGGUGGUGAUUGAAACAGGAGCCGUUCCUAUUUUCAUUGAGCUGCUCAACUCUGAGCAUGAGGACGUACAGGAGCAGGCCGUGUGGGCGUUGGGGAAUAUAGCAGGAGAUAAUGCAGAGUGCAGAGACUACGUCCUCAACUGUGGCAUCCUACCAUCUCUGCAGCAGUUACUUGCUAAAUCCAAUCGUCUCACAACAACACGCAAUGCAGUAUGGGCUCUGUCCAACCUGUGCCGAGGGAAAAACCCACCACCGGACUUUGCCAAGGUGUCUCCUUGUCUCAGUGUGCUGUCCAGGCUUCUCUUCAGCAGUGAUCCAGAUGUGCUGGCGGAUGCCUGCUGGGCUCUGUCCUACCUUUCUGACGGCCCCAAUGAGAAGAUCCAGACAGUCAUUGACUCUGGAGUGUGUCGCAGACUGGUGGAGCUGCUCAUGCACAGUGACUAUAAGGUGGUCUCUCCUGCUUUACGUGCAGUGGGCAACAUCGUAACAGGAGAUGACAUCCAGACUCAGGUAAUCUUGAACUGUUCAGCGCUGCCAUGUUUACUCCACCUCCUCAGCAGCCCUAAGGAGUCCAUUAAGAAGGAAGCGUGCUGGACUGUAUCCAACAUCACAGCAGGAAACAGAGCUCAAAUUCAGAAUGUCAUUGAUGCCAACAUCUUUCCAGUCCUGAUUGAGAUCCUUCAGAAGGCGGAGUUCCGCACAAGGAAGGAGGCAGCGUGGGCCAUUACCAACGCAACCUCUGGGGGCACUCCUGCACAGAUCAGGUAUCUGGUGUCUCAGAAUGCCAUCAAACCCAUGUGUGACCUGCUGACAGUGAUGGACUCUAAGAUUGUGCAAGUGUCUCUGAACGGCCUGGAGAACAUCCUCAGACUUGGAGAACAGGAGGCUAAGCAGAAUGGAACGGGCAUCAACCCGUAUUGUGCUCUCAUCGAGGAGGCUUAUGGCCUGGACAAGAUCGAGUUCCUGCAGAGCCACGAGAACCAGGAGAUCUACCAGAAGGCCUUUGACCUGAUUGAACGCUACUUUGGUGUGGAGGAGGAGGAUGCCAGCCUGGCCCCACAGGUGGACCAGAGUCAAGGCCAGUUUGUCUUCCAGCAACAGGAAGGGCCCAUGGAGGGUUUCCAGCUUUAACUCCAUCUCCCCUUCCACCACUCCUUUUUCCUGGUCUCUGAGCAUUGGCCUGCGAACUCUCCUGGGCCCUCACCUCGCCUCUGCUGGACCAGCUUCACCAGUUCCUCCCCACACCUCCACCUCUACUAUGCCUUCACAACAACGCGUUCUCCAAAGGACAGAGUUCUGGGGAUAUGGAGAUGUAAAAGACAGCGCAUUUAUGUCCUUGAGACUGUGGGAGCCUGAAUGGAGGCUGGUUUCAUCCCACUGAUGAGUAGUCUAUGCCAUCGAAAGCCUAUUCAUAUAAUUUUUUUCUUCAGUGCUACAGUACGAUGUUGCUUUGACUUCCCGUGUUUUUUUUUGUUUUUUUUUUACCAUUCUAAGUGAAGUUAACACUUACGUUACUACUAGAAUCCACUGUUUCCAAAUCAGCACCGUUAUCCCUUUUUUUGAAUGUGAAACUACCUCUUCAGUCUUCUGAAAGAAAGAGGGACAGAAACCACAUCAGACUGAUCUAUUUUCUUUCAUCAUGGCUAAUAUCUAAUCAUGCGUAGUGACUGACCUGUCAGCAGACUGGAGGCAGGUCGCAGUUGUAAAUACAGUACGACUGCACGUCCUGGUGUCGCCAUACUUUAAGUCAGUAGCAGCUGCAUGAGCUCUCUGCGUUCUUUGUCCUAAAAAGAACUUGACGAGGUCUUUUAUUUAUUUGUCUUCUGAAAGGUAACUGCUUCCAGGAUUAUGUAUUCACCCUGCAGUCUGGACUCGGUAACAGUGUUUGCUCUUCACAUGUGUUUUUGCUGCUUAUUUUUAAGGGUCUUUAUCUCAGAGAACUCUAUGAGAACAGGACAGAAGCACUGACUGUAUGUAAAAAUGGAUGUGGUCUUCUCGUUUGAGAAGUGAGGCUCAUAGAAGUCUACCACCAGGGGCUGACUCCACUGGUCACAUGCAGAACUCGAUUGAAUUUGAUUGGACGUCGUCUCACUUCAUCUAUAAUGUCAGUAAACAUUUUUCUCAGGAGUUACUGGUCUCAAUCGCUAGUUUCAGGUCGUCUUCAAUAGCACACAAUGUCAAUUUUGUUUCCAUUUAGAGAAAAAUAGAAGAUAAAACAUGGCACAUAAUGAGAGUGAUUGACAGCUGGUAUUGUCCAAUAGGAGCCUGGCUGCAGGUGACAUCUGUGAUGUUCUGCGUUCAAAAACUGUCACAAAGUCACAAAUCUUGAGCCUUCAAAAGAGUUUGCUUUUUCCAUUUUUAUAUACAGACCAUGGACGGGAGGUGUCUGUGUGACGUUGUGCAGUGUGUGCAACAGUCCUGAGUUCAAUAAGAUCUUCGUUCCGUUUCCUGAUUGUUGUUCUGAACUCGCAACAUAUGUAAAAUAUUUUUUUCUGCCUGCAUGUGAUGGGAUUAGUCAACCGACUUGGUAGGUUUUGUAUAUUAUAUAUACAUGUAAGACAUUGUUAAUGUAUUUAAGUGGCUGCAGGAAGGUGUGAUAUGCAAUUACAGUUUAUGAUGCAGUUUCCGGUCCAUCACUGCUUCUCCCUCGUGGUUUGAUUUUGAGGUUUGUCUCCUCUCAGCCUUUAUGCAGCAGUUUUUUUUUUAUUUUCUCAUGGUCUCAGUUUGUCUUUUGAGAUGGAAGCACAGUGUUUUCUUGUUUUGUUUCAGUUCCAGACCUGAACCACAUGCAUAUUCAAGUACAGCAACAUGAAUUGGUGGAGAGCCGAACAUGAAAUUAAUCUAUAUUUAUGUGAAAUGGAAAAUAUUUGUAAUGCAGAAAUUACAUCAAGAACAUUUACUUGUGUAUAGUUUUCUAAUAUGUCUGGUUUGUAUGAUUGUAUAUCUCUCUUUUUGUUUUUUAGGGUUUAGUAGUGUCUUUGUUUUCUGUGGCUUGUUGUGGCUCUCGGUAGAAAUGCGUGUUGAACUCCAGCAGCCUGUGUACAACAGUGAAGUACUGAAUUACUGGACGCAGCUGCAGUCUGUGCUUCUUAACACUGACUGGAUGACAGGUGUCGUUAUGAACCUGCAUUUUCUGCACAUAACAUUGUGUAACAAGAAUUAAUAAACUGAUCUGUUGGCUGCAAACCUGA